AUGGGGCACAUUUGCCCAGUCACAGAUGUCAUCAUUUAUCAGUUACAAAAAAUUCGAGCUCAACUUGAAGAGCUGAAGGGUCCUACAGCCAAUAGACCAAAGCGUUCAAUCAACUGGAUCGGGUCAGCUUGGAAGUGGAUUACUGGCUCACCUGAUGCUUUAGACUGGGAUGAAGUCUUACCUAGCCAAAAUGAAAUAAUAGACAACAAUAAUUUACAGUAUAAGGUAAACUCUGAAAUUUUCAAGAAAACUGAAGAGUUAUUACAGGUUGUGAACGGGAUUGCAACGGCCACGAACGACGUCCUGGGACGUAACCACCAGGCAAAGUUUUCACAAGACAUUCAGCACAAAUUGGUGAUUCUCAAGGAUGACGUUAGUGAAUUAAUACGGGCAUGCCAAAUGGCCAAAGCAGGCGCAGCAAACAGCAAUAUUUUGAAUAAAGGGGAAAUAAAUAGCCUAAUACGCGAAAUCGAAGUCCUUCCGUACAGUAACGUCGUCGAAGCCAUUGAAUAUAGUGAACCAUCAAUCUACACGAACGGCACUCUUCCAUGCCAAAGCUGUCUCCACCUCGCCACCGCCAUGGUCUGCAAACAGGAAGCCCUAGAUUUAUUGUCCGAAGAUGAAUGUCUACCACGUCUACUCAAGGGUGGGCAAACAAGUUGCCGCUACGUAAUUGGCACGGAAACAACGGUUGAGGUGCUCAAGGAAGACACAAUAUUCUUGGAUAAUUUCAACUGGUCAGGUGAAACACCUUCAUAUGGUCAGAUGGAGAACGAGACUAUUACAAUAACUAACCAAACCUACUGGAGUACUAGCAGCUCAGGCGUGCAGGUGCUCCCACCCGUGUUGUCCACCAUAACGAAUAGAAGUUUGGUAGUGGAUCUCAAUCUCAUCCACGAAAUGACCUCCGGAAACAUACGACUCUUGGGUUACCUGAAAGAUAAAACCAACUGGCUUGCAACAUCCGUAGCCCUAGGACUUAUUUUGCUGGUCUUCAUUUCGCUAAUUUGGAGAAAGCUAACAACUGGAGCAAAACUUCCUGAGCUGAAUAUGUCGAUACUGCAACCGAGUUCUCGGAACCGACCAAAACAGGUCGCCUCUCCAAAUCAUGAUCUGCGGGACGCAGAUCUUUAG